AGGACCAUGGCCUGGGGGCUGCUCCUGGCGCUCUGCGGGGGGCUCCUGGCUCCAGCCGCGGCGGGCGGGCGCCACAGCCUGGCCGUGCUCGUCACAGCCGUCACCCACGAAGACGGGACCCAUCACUUCAUCAUUGUCACCAAGCUGGAUGACGUUCAGAUCACGCACUACAGCAGCGACACGCGAGAGCUCAGAGCCACCCAGGAGUGGGCAGCACAGGCCCUGGGCACUGAGUAUCUCCAGGAAAAGACUCAGAAGUUCUGGACAUAUGACAAGGACUCUAAAGGAGGUAUCAGGAGGUGGAUGGAGCUGUACAACCAGACAGGCGGGAUUCACACUGCACAGGCUCACGUGGGCUGUGCCCUGAGCGACCAGGCCCCUGUGGACCCGAGGUUCCAGUACGCCUUCGACGGGAGGGACUUCAUCAGCUUUGACAACCAGACGGGGACGUGGGUUGCAGCCGUGCAGCCGGCCUUCCUCCAGAAGCAGCGCUGGGAGACGGUCAAGACUUGGACUCAGUAUGUCCAGAGGUACCUGCAGUAUGAGUGUCUGGAGACCCUGCGGCGCCUGGUGCAGCGGGCAAUGGGGGUCCUGGAGCAGCAGGUGCCCCCUGAGGUCUCAGUUUCCCGCAGAGACGCCCUCGACAGCUCCGUCACCCUCUCCUGCCGCGCCAGGGGCUUUUACCCGCGUCCCAUCCAUGUCUCCUGGGUGCGGGACGGAGAAGACAUCCUGGCGGAGACGGACUCCAGCGGGAUCCUGCCCAACGCCGACAGCACCUACUACACGCAGUCGUCCCUGAAGAUCUCCCCGCAGCAGGACGGGCACCGCUACGCCUGCCGAGUGAAACACAGCAGCCUGGGGGAGCCCGUGCUCGUCUGGGCGCCUGGGAAGAAGGGCCCCCUGCACCCCGGGGUCCUGGCCGCCAUCGUCCUGGCCGGGCUGGUUCUGGCUGGUGGAGCCGUAGGGGUCGGCGUCAUCCUGUGGAGGAGAAAAUCAGCAGAGGACCCCGGGUCUCGUCUUGUCAACAUGGGAGCAUCGAUCCGGAUCGGCAGAAGCCCGGCUCCACCCUCUCCCCCAUCUAACUCACCUGGCCAGUGCAGUUAAGGGGAGCAACUAAUUGGUAACAACAAGACGGAGUGUGUUUGUGUGUGUGUGUGAGUGUAAGUGUAAUAUAUUAUAUGCAUAUAAUACAGUGUUAAUGAAUACAUGUAUUACUAAUAAAUGUGGCGUUUUGCCUUAUUCCCCCUGAAAAGAUCCUGUGCAGUACUUUAAG